ACUCAGAUUUAAAUAGUUUAGCAUAGUGCAUAGAUAAGCAUACACGCGGCACGCCCAAGUUUCGGACCUUUUGUUAUUGUUUUUAAUUCGUAGUUUAGAAUACAGGGUAAUAUUAAUUUAUAUUCGCUAGCACAGACAUACAAUAUACCAAAGUGGUCUAAUAACUAGGAUACAGUAAAAGCAUUUAUAUACACGAAUACACCAGCGCAAUCCCCAGGUCCACUGGCGUGACUUUCCGUAGGGCCCCACCAAUAUAGAAUAUAGCUGAGCAUUUUUUUGUUUGUAGUGUAAAGUUAUAGGUUAUAUUUGGAUUACAAAGCUUGGUUUUUAGUUCCAGGUCCCCUGGCAUACAUUGCUGUAUGGUCUAACCCAUAUAAAAAAGCCUUUAUAUAUGUGUAUAUUGUUUUUUAUUCAUAUUUUGUUUCCAGGUUGGCAAAGCUGAUGACUUGGAAAGCAUGUAAGGAUGAAGAUCACUUGUUGCUGCUUUACUUGUUAUGUUGGUGAACAAGAAAAUAAUGAUCCUGAAGAAAGAAGAUUAAUAACAGAAGAUGAAGAAGAGCAAAGUGAUGCUACUCAUCAAGAACCAGAACCUGUCACUUCGCCUCCAGAGAAAAAAGUAAGCGUCGAAAAACCAGAUCAAAAAACUGAAAAACUUCAUAGAGCAGUUGGGGUGCUAAAAAAAUACAAUGUGUUGGCUUCAAAAACAAAAAUUGCAGAUGGAGAAAAGUUGGAUGAAAGAAUCUCACUUUCUGCUGUUGUGCUUAAAGUUGGAAUUAAAGUCAUGGCAAGGAGCAACCAAGUGAAGAUUUUCGCUCUGGAUGCUUCCAAUGUUAUGGAUGUAAUUGAAGUUAAAAUUACUGCAAAAGAAGAAGCCACUGGCUCCUCUGUUCGGGAAGACAAACCGAUUAUCCAGCUGCGGACCAAGCUUAUUCCAUCUGAUACAAGAGGCCAUAGUAAAAAAUAUGAGGUGCAUGAAAGUAUAACUGGCUCUAUGAAAUUUAUGAAUGAAUGCCUUCAUUCGGUCAGUGUGAAUGAUUUUAGAAAUUGCUCCGUUAGAUUCCGUUUGUACUAUGUGCUAAAACAUCACCAUGACAUGCUACUUGGUGAAUAUAUAUUGGAAAUUCCAAACGUGGCUCUGGAUUUUGAAAGUGGUACUACUAAUGUGUUGAUGGAGCUGCAUGAACCAAAUAAUGAGAAUGUGAAACCCGCCCAGAUCUGUGAGGUACAUCGCUCACUCAGUAGUGUGAGCAGCAGUGGAACUGGAAGUCAGUCAAGUUUUGCGUCCUCCACAUCUUCAUUUAAGAGCACAAUAAGAAGAGGAGAUGUGAAACAGAGUACAAGGAAAGGAAUCCCAAGCUUUGAUGAGCGACAAGAAAGUGAUGAUAUCUUCGAUGAAGGCCCUGUGAGUCCAAGCAGUCGCUCAUUAAGAGGAAUCUUCCAAAGUGGUAAGAAGAGCCAGGGUGGGAGCUCCAUGGAGUCAAUUGAGGAGGCAGGAGUCCAGGAUGUUCAGAAUAAAUCAGAGUCCUUGAAUGCUCUUCAGAAGUUGAAGCGGGGAAUGCUGGAAAGAGGGGAAAAAGUCAGUGAAGUGGAGAAAGCUACUGAAGAAAUGGAAAAAAAUGCGAGCAACUUCAGCGCUGUUAGUUUGAAGCUGAGGGAAAAGUACGAAAAGAAACAAACAAAAAGGAAACAUGCGUCUUAACCAAACAGAUCCAAAAUUGUUCAAGGUAACUGAAGUUUUGUUUACAUCUCGUGCUCAAAGAUUUUCUGUAUUUUAUCAGAUAAACCUAACAAAAUACUUUUUGCAAAUGCGUCAUAAUUUCUUGCUCAAUGUACAUUAUUACACGUUUGUUUUAGUUGUGCAAUAUGUAUGCAAAAGUAUGCCGUACGAGUUAUUAAGAGGGUUAAGUGUCAAUGUUGUUCCAUCUAUCUAUAUAGAGUCGUGUCCUGUGAUGUUAUGUUUUAAGAUUGUCUUUGUUGUUUUUUCUUGGUGCAAUAUCAUGAAUGGUUUUAAAAGAUUUCCUUCCUGGUACUCUGUUCUAGAACCCAAAUUCUUCAGAGAUAAUUUCUUACUAAUGAGCCUGCUGUUUCUUAGACUGUGCUGCUUUGCCACGGUAAUCGUUAUUUAACUUUAAAUUAUAACAGUAUUUCGUUAUGUGGCACAGAUUUCACAAAAGAUUUUAAAUUUUGUAAAGCAGUGUUGAACACUAUGGUAUAUUAAUGAAUCAUUCAGCUUACAGGAUA